AUGCUGGCAUCUCCAUCACAAACACCUGAGUCGGCGCCAGAGAGAGAGCCAAAUCCAACCGCAGUGCCGGUUCCAGCUUCCAAGAUCACCCGAGGCCAUUCUUGUGUUUUAUGUCAACAGCGCAAAGUCAGGUGCGAUCGACUAAAGCCGUGCGCCAACUGCUUGAAAGCUGGGGCAGAAUGCGUGGCUAGCACUCCCACUCUCCCACGCCGCCGAAAGCGGAAGCUCAAUGAAAUUGAUAUUGGGGCCAAGCUUCGCAAAUAUGAACAGUUGCUUAAGAAACAUGGCGUGAAGAUCGAGGAAGAUGGCGGCAGUGCUGCGGUCGAGGAGCUCGAUAAUUCAUACCGCGAGGAUGGCGCCCAGGCCGCCCUGAAUAUGACGGUUCCUAGACCCCGCAACGCAGAGCCGGGUGCAUUGUUCACUGACAAAGAGAACUCGCGUUACGUGGAGAAUACCCUAUGGGAGAAUUUGAGGGAUGAAAUUCAAGAUCCAAAUGAAGCCAUCCCCGGCUCGUCGUCUUCUGAUGACGAGAUCAAUGAUUCGAAUAUAUACCCAAAUGCCGAGAGUUUACUCGUGGGCCAUGGAUCAUCUUCGAAGAAUCUGGCGUUAUUGCAUCCGCCACCAGUACAUCUUUUCAUGAUGUGGCAAACAUUUCUUGUCAAUGUCAACCCUCUAGUAAAGAUGUUUCAUGCACAUACAGUACAACAAACGAUUCUAGAUGCUAGUGCGGACUUGGAGAAUGUAUCGCGACCUACCGAAGCUUUGAUGUUUUCCAUUUAUUUGCUUGCAGUUACCUCACUAGGUAAUGAAGAGUGUGAGACCAUGUUUGGAGAGUCGCGAGCUGUCCUGCUUGGCAAAUAUUCUCACGCGGCGCAACAAGCUUUAAUAAAUGCCAAAUUUCUCAAAUCUUUGAAUAUGGCGACGCUUCAGGCUUUUGCGCUUUAUCUUCUUGGAGUCCGCAGAGUCUACAACCCUAAUUCUUUUUGGGUCCUCACAGGUGUAGCAUCUCGAAUCGCACAAAGAUUGGGAUUACAUCGCGAUGGUUCUCAUUACAAAGAAAUCUCGGUAUUCGAUGCCGAGAUGAGAAGGCGGACAUGGUGGCAAAUUGUCUUCCUUGAUGGCCAUGCUUCCAAACUUGCUGGUGCAGGCUUCCCUAUUUGGUUUGGGAAAUUCGAUACAAAGAUUCCUCUCAAUAUUAGCGACAGCGAUUUGAACCCUACCAUGAAAGAGCCACCAAUGGAGAAGGAAGGGGCGACUGAGAUGAUAUUUUGCUCCAUACGGUACGACGUUGCUCAAGCUAUGCGUGACGUGACCAGUCGUACCAAAGGUGGUGGCAAUGAUGAUGCGAACUGGCAGGUACCCAAGGGUCCCGAGUUCAUUACAGUGAAAGACAAAGCGAUCGAUGAACUUGAAGCACGAUUCGAAGUGAAAUAUUUGCGGUACUGUGACCCGUCCAUCCCGCUACAUCUUACCGUAAUGUAUCUGGCGAAAUCGGUCAUAUGUACAAUGAGAAUCAUGGCUCACCAUCCUCGGCAAUAUCCCGAUAAAGGAGCCAGCAUGCCGCAGAGCGAAAAGGAUAUGCUGUUCAGAGAGAGCCUGAAAGAGCUGGAAAUUGACAACCUUGGCCAUAAUAUAAAGGUCGUUAAGGGGUACUUAUGGCAUAUUGAAAGCCACUUCCAGUUGGACGCGUUCAUAUACCUACUCAGCGAGCUGCGCUAUCGUCUGACGGGUGAGUUGGUGGAGCGAGCAUGGCAGCAAGUGAAAACAUCAUUUGAGUAUCAUACUAAUGUGCUCACGGACACCAAAAACUCAUUAUAUUUCGCCAUAGGGAACUUGGCCCUGAAGGCAUGGCGUAAGAGGGAGGACGCUGGCCUUGCUACCCAGGGAGGGUUUCAGAUUGAACCUCCUCAAUUCAUAUCAACACUACGAAGACAACGAAAUAUUUCAGACUUACCACCAAAGACAACAAGCGAUGCAAAUAAUGAACUAUUUUCAAGACCUCACCGUGCUCUCGGAUAUCCUACCGAUGCCGUGGGCCAAAAUACAAUGUACCAGAACACCGUGGAUCAAUUCGCCGAUGUCAAUUUGAGUUUUGAUGUGGUAAUGCCUGACAUUACACCUGUGGACUGGGAGUAUUGGCAAACUUUGAUGGACGGCGAUCUUCCGGCGUAUAGUGACGGGCAGAUUUUCCUCAAUUAA